AUGGCAGAGCAGUGGGAUCUGAACGAGGAAGGGCUCCGCCGCAUGGGGGCGCUGACCCAGGAGGAGCCGGAAUUGGUGGAGUCUCUUUCAUUGCAGGGAUCCUAUGUAGGAAAAAUUCAUUCCAUUGGUGAGACCUUCAAAAAUUUUAAAAAUCUCCGAUCCUUAGAUCUAUCAAGAAAUUUAAUCUCUAGUUUACAGGGUAUCGAGUACUUAUCUUCACUCCAAGAUCUGAAUUUAUAUUACAACAACAUUCCUUCAUUAGCAGAGGUGUCCCGCCUGCAGGCUUUGCCUUGCCUAAAAAUGCUAGAUUUGAGACUCAAUCCUGUUGUCAGGAAAGAUUCAGACUAUAGACUCUUUGCUGUACAUAUGCUACAAAAUCUGGAGAAACUGGAUGAUCGUUCAGUUAGAGAAAGUGAGCGGAAAGCGGCCAAGCUUAAUUUCAGUCAGUUGGGCAGCAAUGAAAAUUUCCUCUUUGAUGUGGAAAAUAAGAGGGAGAAGACCUUGAAAAACUGUGUGAUGGAUGAAAGGUCAUCAUCAAAACUUGAAACAGAUGUUGAUAACAGGAUUGAAACAGAAUUAAGCAAAGGACUUUUCCUUCCUCUCCCCAACCGGGAAAUAAAGGAUUCUCUAACAAGUGCUUCAAUCCAGACCAGCAAUCCAGCUGAUCAGAAGUUAGACACUUUCCCACUGGGGACCCAGCUACAGGAAGUGGCAAGAAGGGAGCUUCCAGGUGAUGGUCAUGAGGAAGAUGAUUUCAGAUGCUACCCAUCUCUUCAGUCCUCAGUCCGGUCCCCAGACAAGAUGGCCAAAGAAGGAUUCCGACUAACUUUUUCAGAUGGUAAAUCUUUAGGUUCUUCUCCAGAGAAAGAGUUGAUAUCAAAGGCUGAUGCUUAUCAGCUUAGCCAUGAAGUCUUAUCAAGUAAACGCUUGGAUGUGGGUGAUUCAAGCCAGAUACACCCCUACCAGUUACCUAAAGAUAAUAGUCUAGAUAAUUAUAACAGUCACUAUCCUCACCCCAUAACCUUACAUGGAAGUUUUAGCAAGAAAUCCCCAACUCAUCAAAGAAGCAAGAAUUACAGAGACUAUAGUACAAAAUCUUUGAAUGACACAAAGUCCAUCUCUUGUGGAGAUAUAAUGACUCCUUUGACUGACUCAGACUCCGCCACUGGAAGACUGCUUAAGCUCAGUUCAGAUCUCUACACCACAGGCUAUUUUAGCAGUGAUCCCACUUUGCUGUCCAAUAUCGAACAGCAGUUAUCUGGGGGCCUCACAGAUUUAACACAAGUACAUGGUUCUUUCAAAAAUAACACUGCCAUGGGAAACUCUCUACGGACACUCCUGUUGCCUUCAGGGACUCAAGAAGACAGGGGACUUUCAACAAAGAGGUCUGUGAGCCCAACUAGAAGGGCAUUUAAGAAGAAGGACAGUCUUCUUUCAAAUGUGGUGCCAAAGCAUGGGUUCCAAGAUGUUACCAACAAUGAGCUUCUCUCUAGUGACCUGGGCAGUUUGCUUGGUUUGCAAGGAAACCAUAGUCCCCCUCCCACUGCCAGGACUUCCCACGUGGUUGGGGUACUCCAACAGUUACUAGAGCUAGUGGACAAGCACUGGAAUGGCUCAGGGUCUCUGCUUCUCAACAAGAAGUUCCUGGUUUCUGCCCGGGAUAUGCUUCUGAGCUUGGUGGUUCCCAACCCUGCUCAACAGUGGAACCGCUCACUGCCUGAAGAAAGUCUGAAAUCCGCAAGAAGGAGAGACCUUGAUCUAAAGGAUGCAGGGCAGUUCCCUGGUAUUCCAAAUGAUCUGGAAGCAUUGAAGCAAAAGAUGGUCAGGGUACUGGAGGAAAAUCUCUUUUUGUCUGAAAAGGUACAGCUGUUGGAGGAAAAUGCUUCCAAUUCUGGUGUGGGUGGGCACCAGUCUCACAGUUAUGACGAAUUGCUCCGUAAAAAUCAACAGCUGAAUUUACAGGUGAAUUGUCUGAAUCAGGAACUUAACCAGCUAAAGAAACUCGAAGAAACAGUAUGCCUUCUCCAGGAAAGUCAGAGGUCCUUGGUUACAACCAAUGAAUAUCUGCUACAACAGUUGAAUAAAGAGCAAAAGGGUUAUAUGGGAAAAGCAAUCCUGCCUCCAGAGAAGAGUCACCGCAUAGGGAGAACUUCACCCUUUGGGAAACCCCUACAGUCUUCCUUAUCACAGGCAGCUCCUGACUGUGAGUCAAGUCAAAGAGAAAGGCUCUCAGAAGGAUUAGAAACAUACCUGCUUCGAUGA